AUAACGAGCCUACAACAUAUUCUAACAGACGGCCAACGUGGCCGUUUCCCUCGCCAACAAAAAUUCCCACUCGCAAAAUCGGCCACAUAAUAAACAACACCCCUCUCUCUCUCUCUAUCUCACACACACACACACACACACUGACACAGAUGGGCACCAUGGAGGCGGAGAUCCCCGGAGGACCGGUGGUUGUGACACCCAAACCCAAGAAAGGCUUUUCUUCUAAAGCAGUUGAUUGGUUGGAGAAGCUUAUAGUUAAGCUAAUGUAUGAUUCCUCACAACCUCAUCACUGGCUCUUCGGUAAUUUUGCUCCGGUUGAUGAAACUCCACCUUGCAAAGAUCUCCCUGUAAUCGGUCACCUACCGGAGUGUCUGAAUGGAGAGUUUGUUAGAGUAGGUCCUAAUCCAAAGUUUGCUCCUGUGGCUGGAUAUCACUGGUUUGAUGGAGAUGGCAUGAUCCAUGGAUUAAGAAUCAAAGAUGGAAAAGCAACAUAUCUCUCUCGUUAUGUAAAGACAUCUCGUUUGGAACAGGAGGAAUAUUUUGGAGGUGCUAAGUUUAUGAAGAUUGGAGAUCUUAAAGGGCUGUUUGGAUUACUGAUGGUGAAUAUGCAAAUGCUUAGAACCAAGUUGAAAGUGCUUGAUCUUUCAUUUGGUCAGGGAACAGGAAACACAGCUCUCAUAUAUCAUCAUAAAAAGCUCUUAGCACUAUCAGAAGGAGACAAACCAUAUGCCAUUAAAGUUAUGGAAGAUGGUGAUCUUGAAACACUUGGGUUGAUGGAUUAUGAUAAGAGACUUUCUCACACCUUUACAGCUCAUCCAAAGAUUGAUCCAGUCACUGGUGAAAUGUUUACAUUUGGAUAUACACAAUCACCUCCAUAUGUUACAUAUCGUGUGAUUUCAAAAGAUGGUGUCAUGAAUGAUCCUGUGCCAAUAACAAUUGCAGAACCAGUAAUGAUGCAUGAUUUUGCAAUUACUGAAAAUUAUGCAAUCUUCAUGGAUCUACCUUUGUACUUUAGACCAAAAGAAAUGGUGAAGGGAAAUAAGUUGAUUUUCACAUUUGAUUCAACAAAGAAAGCUCGAUUUGGCAUCCUUCCACGCUAUGCAAAGAAUGAGGUCCAAAUUAAAUGGUUUGAGCUUCCAAAUUGUUUCAUUUUUCACAAUGCGAAUGCAUGGGAGGAAGGAGAUGAAGUUGUGUUAAUCACAUGCCGCCUUCAGAAUCCAAAUUUGGAUAUGGUUGGAGGAGGUGUGAAGGAAAAGCUUGACAAUUUCGCUAAUGAGCUGUAUGAGAUGAGAUUCAACAUGGAAACCGGUGUUGCUUCUCAAAAAAAAUUAUCCGAGUCAGCAGUUGACUUUCCUAGAGUCAACGAGUGUUACACUGGCAGGAAACAACGAUAUGUGUAUGGAACUAGGCUGGACAGCAUAGCAAAGGUCACUGGAAUUGUUAAGUUUGAUUUACAUGCAGAGCCUGAAACUGGGAAAACAAAGCUUGAAAUUGGAGGGAAUAUUCCAGGAAUUUACGAUCUUGGCCCUGGUAGAUAUGGUUCAGAGGCCAUUUUUGUUCCUAAAAAACCUGGAUUUGACUCUGAAGAAGAUGAUGGCUACUUGAUCUUCUUUACACAUGAUGAGACCACAGGGAAAUCAACAGUAACAGUUAUUGAUGCAAAAACAAUGUCUCCUGAUCCAGUUGCAGUUGUUCCAUUGCCCCAUAGAGUUCCAUAUGGUUUCCAUGCUUUCUUCGUGACAGAGGAGCAAAUUCAGGAACAAGCGAAUUUGUGAGUGUUUUGGGAGUAAAACUGUAAAAGGUACUAUGCAUACAUGUAUGAGAAGUGAAGUUUGUGUCUUAGCAUUUAUAUGCUUCCGUAGUAUCAUCUUAAUAUGAUUACAGUGUAUAAAUAUUCAUACUCUAUAAGUGAUAUACAAUUAAUACAAUGGUGUUAUCAAUUA